AUGAGCUCCGCCAUGGCCAAGAUCAACGAGCUCGAAGCCGAGUACAACCGUACGCAGAAGAACAAGGCGACGAUGAAGCAUCUCUGCCUCCUCAAGGCCAAGAUCGCCAAGCUCCGGCGCGAGGUGCUCGACGGCGGCAAGUCGGGCGGCGGCGGUGGCGCCGGCGAAGGCUUCGAUGUCAACAAGUCGGGUGACACGCGCGUCGGCCUCGUGGGCUUCCCGUCCGUCGGCAAGUCGACGCUGCUUACGAAGCUCACGGGCACCUUCUCGGAGGCUGCGUCGUACGAGUUUACGACGCUGACGGCGAUUCCUGGCACGCUGACGUACCGCGGUGCCAAGAUCCAGGUGCUCGACUUGCCGGGUAUCAUUGAAGGCGCCAAGGAUGGCAAGGGUCGCGGUCGCCAGGUCAUGGGUACCGCGCGCACGUGCAACGUGAUUCUGAUGGUGCUGGACGCGAUGAAGCCGGCGACGCACAAGAAGCUCAUCGAGCACGAACUCGAGGGCUUUGGCAUCCGCCUCAACAAGAAGCCGCCGAACAUGGUGCUGCGCAAGAAGGAGAAGGGCGGCUUGAACUUCCAGGCGAUGGUCGACCAGAGCGAGCUCGACUACGACACGGUGUUCCAGAUCCUCAAGGAGUACAAGAUCCACAACGCCGACGUGACGCUCCGCGAAGACGUGAGCGUUGACGCGCUCAUUGACGUGAUCGAAGGCAACCGCGUGUACAUCCCGUGCCUCUACGUCCUCAACAAGAUCGAUCAGCUCACGAUCGAGGAGCUCACGAUCAUCGACCAGCUGCCGCACAACGUGCUCAUCUCGGCGCACCACGGCUGGAACCUCGACGAGCUCCUCGAGAAGGUCUGGGAGUACUGCAACAUGAUCCGCAUCUACACCAAGCCCAAGGGCCGGCUGCCCGACUACGAUGCGCCCGUCAUUUUGCACUCGGAGAACCCGUCGAUCGAGGACUUUUGCAACCGGCUGCACAAGACGAUUCUCAAGGACCUCAAGUACGCCAACGUGUGGGGCCUCUCGGUCAAGCACCAGCCGCAGAAGGUCGGGAAGGAGCACCUCCUCAUGGACGAAGACAUUGUGCAGCUCGUCAAACGCAUCUAA